AUGAACCGAUUUUUAAUCGUUUUUGCUCUUCUAUUAUCGGUUGAAUGCGGUAAGUUCUACGUGUUUUCUUUUUAAUGUUGUAUGUUUGUGAUUUUUGAUUAAUAUACAUGAUUGAUUGUUGUGUCUAAUUGUGAUGUAUGUCUUCUUAGCAUGCGGGGGAGAUGGUACACUUGAUCUACUAUUUAAUCAAACACACCAAACUACAGCGGGAAAAAACGACGUCGAAAAAAGCGAACGCGAAUUGGCGAAACAUUUAUUGACGGACUAUUAUCCGUAUGCGAGACCAGUGAAAAACUAUUCAAGCGUUUUGAAUGUCACUGUUCAGCCACAGAUUUAUAAUCUUGUCGAAGUUGUGAGUUUUCUUUUGGAUAACGGAGAAGCAGAGGCUAAAAUUCGAAAAAUUUUUUUAAUGCUCUUGAUAAAAUGUGUGCUUUAGAAAGCCUUUGAAAAAAGUCGAAUCCCUGGGGAUUUUUCUCGAUAAAAAUAUUCUGUUUAUAAACUAAUUUAGACCUAUAUCGAAAAUAUUCCAUGAACUUUAUCAUAAAAAUAGUUUUUUUUUCAGAAUGAGCAAAACGAGCAGAUAAAAAUUCUAAUCUGGUUUCCACAAAGUUGGAAAGAUGAUUAUUUAACCUGGAAUCCGAAAGAUUGGGGAGGUAUUGAACAAAUAAUUAUUCCAAAAUCACAAAUUUGGAUACCUGAUGGUUAUAUUUUCAAUACGUAAGUUUUUUUAUUUUCUGGCUCAACAGCAUUAUGGAAAAAAAUUUUCAGAGUUGAAGAAACAAACCCGCUGGAAAAUCACAACGCCAGAGUCCGAUUUGAUGGAAAAGUUGAAGUAGAUUUCAACAAGGUAUUCAAAAGAGUGUGCAAAAAAUUUUCAAAAAUAUUUCUUUUAGCUUGUCGAUUUGACAUGUCCAAUGUCUGUUUUAUCAUUCCCAUUUGAUAAUCAGUUAUGUGCACUGCAGUUUGGAUCUUGGUCUUAUCAGGCUCACGCGAUUAGUUUCAAUGUGCUGGACACUUUUGUUCCCAAGAAAAGUGUACGUUUUUUUUUUACAAAAUUUCAAUUUGAAAAAAAAAAGAUUUUUUCUUCUUCAGAAAAACUCCGAAUGGGAUAUUGUAUCUUUCAACGCAACAAAAAUGGUCACAAAAUACGAAGACACACUUGGCGGUUUCAAUGUCUAUGAAGAAAUAUUUUAUAACUUGGUAAGUUCAGCGAAACAAAGAUUGUUCCAAAUAUUUACAAGAUGAUUUUUAAAAUUAGUUUUGUACACAGAUUACAGUGUAAAUGAUAUGUUUGAUUUGAAGAUUACGCGGUCUAAAGAAUUUUGAGCGUAGACAAAUAAUUAUAGAACAGUUUUCGAUUUGAAGGAAAGUUUUCGAACCUUUUAAAAAUAGAUUGUGUUCUAGAGUAAUUUGAUUGAGAGUAAGAAAAAACAAUUUGGAAUUUUUUUGUUGGUUUGUACAAAGAUUCUUGGAUGGAUUUGGAUCUUUAACAUUAUCUAGAUAGGGGAGCUAGAAAUGAGCCUGAAAAAAUGAAUAUCAAAUUUAAUUUACAAUAAUUUUCCUACUGUGAAAGAAAAUAAUAAGUUUUCGAAUUUUCUUCAAUCUUUUUUUCUUGAAAUUAUUAUGUCCCAAAUUUCUGUUUAAAGUCGAGACAUUUCGAGUACUUUUUUUCAAGUAGUGAACAAUUUGCAAACAAAAAAUCUGUUUUCUUUGAUUUUCAACCGUCUUAUCGAAUUUCAAAAGAUCCGAAACUUUCAAAAGUAUCUCAAUAAAAAAACAAACAUCAAAUUACCACAGGAGCUUCGUCGAAAACCUUUAUACUACAUUGUUGUCAUCCUUCUACCAUCUUUCCUAAUUGUUACUGUAUCCAAUAUUGGUCUGUUCACACCGCACGGAGUACACGGAGAUCGAGAGGAGCAUGUUUGUUUUACACUUUGCUUUGACAACUAAAUUGCCAUUUUUCUAGGUAUCUCUUGGACUUACAACAAUGCUCACAAUGGCUGUUAUUUUGGAUAUGGUAACUGGGCAAAUGCCAAGAAGUAGUGAAGGAAUACCUCUUUUAGGUUGGAAUAAAUGGGAAACUGAAAUUUUGAACACUAUAUUUUUGCAGGAAUGUACGUGUUAAUCGAAUUUGUGAUAUCAGUUAUUGCGGUUCUUGUGUCAGUGGUCAUUAUUUUUGCGCACGAACGAAUGUUAUAUUUAGAAGCAACACCUCCAUAUUGGGUGUUGAGAUUAUUUUCAGAUGAUGCAAAAUGUUCAGUUGAAGAGGUAAGUUGUAACCAUUAUUUUAUUCAAUGUUCUAAAAUUACCCGAAUUUUGAUUUUAAAAUUCAAUUUUUUCUAAAAUAUUCUUUCGAAAUUUCACUCAAAAAUUAUAUACCAUGUUUCCAGAUCGAGGAAGAUUUUUGUUCGAAACCAGCCGAUCUCGUGCAAGAGCUCAGGUUUUGUGUAGAAGAACUCAGGAAAUUUAUAGACGAUCAGGAAUCGUCGGAUAAAUUGCAAAUUGUAUGGCAACGAUUUUUCUCGUGGGCCGACAUUAUUUCUAGUAUAUUUUUCUUUGUUUUAAAUUGUAUUGUUACAUUGUAUAUGUUUAUGGAAUUUAUGUGAUAUCUCUACCUUGUGCUUUUGCUGAUCUGAAUAUAAAAUUUUACAAUUAUAAAAAUUUCCAGAAAAUUGCCUUUCAUUUCAGCCAAUUCCUUGAAAAAUAACAAAGAAUCUCCUGAAACAAAAAAAUUCGAAUUUUUUUUGGUUCCUGUUAAUUGCCUAAAAUUAUUAUAUAAACAGUUCAAAUGUUCUUGGCGAUAUAAUUUUCAAUCUUUUUUCAGAGAAAAAUUGUCUGAAAAUGGCUUUUGACUGCUUCAGAAAAAAUAAAAGAAGACUAAUAUUAUCUUUGAUAUCAUGUUCACUUUCUAUUUUUCUGAUGUAUUCAGAAAGUAAGAUUUACUUUGAAAAAUAAUAGCAAGUUUCAAAAAAAAUAUUUUCAGAAAUCGUGAUGUUUAUCAGUUUUUACAACUGGGUGGAAGUUCAUUAUUGUGUAUUUUCAUUCGAUCAUUGUAUAAAUACUGUGAGUUUCCGACGUUUCAGAAAAAAAAAUUUCAAAAAAUUGAUUUUCAGGAAGAUGUUGUUAGAUUUAUUGUUCCUGCAUUAGUUCAAUUAUCGGUUAUUUCAUCAUCCUGUGCAAUAAUUGCUCUUUUGAUGAUGACUUUGUGA